AUGAAUUGGCCCUGGGUCUGGAUCAUGCUCUGCUUCCUCUGUCCAACUGUGGUUUAUGGUGGGAAAGUGCUUGUUUUUCCAGUGGAUGGGAGCCACUGGGUGAACAUGAAAGUCAUCAUAGAGGAACUACACUCAAGGGGCCACCAGGUUUCUGUUGUGCGAUCGUCAGACAGCUGGUACAUCAAGGAAACCUCACUGUUCUAUACCUCAGUUACACUUGAUAUUGAGUCUGGAUUUGAUGAAGACUUUAUAACUAAGUUUGUGGCCCGGUUGCUGGAAAUCCAGAGGGAAGGGAAAUCUGCUUGGACACGUUUUAAACUGGAAAUGGAACAAGCACAAAAGGCCUCUGAGAUGUAUGAGAAAACGUGCAAAAUGCUUGAACUGCUUUUUGAAAGCAAAGAUCUGAUACAGUCACUAAAAGAGGCCAAAUAUGACCUUGUCCUCACAGAUCCUGCCAUACCAGGCGGUGUUAUACUUGCCCACUAUCUCAAGUUACCUCUUGUAUUCAAUGUCAGAUGGACUACUCACGGCGAAGGCCAUUUUUCAAUUGCACCUUCUCCUCUUUCUUAUGUUCCCAUGACAGGGACCGAGCUCUCAGAUAAAAUGAGCUUUCUCGAGAGAAUUUUUAACACCAUAAUUUUUGUUUUUACAGAAUAUCAAAUUGUGCAUUAUGUCUUACCAAAUUAUGCUGGUUUACUUGAAAAAUAUUUAGGUCCAGAUGCAGACUACCACUCCCUGUUUCAAGCAGCAGACCUGUGGCUGAUGAGAGUGGACUUUGUGUUUGA